UAGAAUUUCUGGUAAGUUCUAUGAAAUUGAUUACUUUAAACGAACUGCGAGGUCAGUUAGUUUCUGGAAUUUACUUGAACGUGUCUUUGCUAUUAUAUAAAGCGAUAUUUUAUAAUAAAAGUAUCAUUUGAAAAUUUUAAAGAAAAUGGCUGUAGACAUAUCUCCAAAUAAAGAUCAAGGUGUUCUGAAAGAAAUAAUUAAAGAAGGUGUGGGAGAUGAAACUCCAUCACCUGGAAAUACUGUAAUAGUACAUUAUACAGGUACUUUAUUGGAUGGAACAAAGUUUGAUUCGAGCAAAGAUCGUAACGAACCAUUUCAGUUUGAACUUAAAAAAGGAAGUGUAAUUAAAGCAUGGGAUAUAGGAGUAGCUACUAUGAAAAAAGGUGAGGUUGCAAUAUUGACAUGUGCUCCUAAAUAUGCAUAUGGGAAAAACGGUAGCCCACCUAAAAUUCCUCCAGAUGCAACACUUAAGUUUGAGAUCGAAAUGAUUGAUUGGAAAGGAGAAGAUUUAAGUCCUGAAAAAAAUGGAAAUAUUGAAAGAUAUCAAAUUGUACAAGGAAAAGAUUACAUUACUCCGCAAGAAGGAGCUUUAGUAAAUGUACAUUUAGUAGGAAUGUAUAAUGGGAAAAUAUUUGAAGAUAGAGAUGUACAAUUCUCCCUCGGAGAAGGAGAAGAUUGUGGUGUUAUAGAAGGUGUAGAAAAAGCAUUGGAAAGCUUUAAAAGUGGAGAAAAAUCGAGGCUCAAGAUUAAAAGCAAAUAUGCAUUUAAAAACGUUGGAAAACCUGAAUUUGAUAUUCCACCGAACGCAACUGUAGAAUAUAUAGUAGAAUUAAAGAGCUUUGAAAAAGCUGUCGAAUCUUGGUCCUUGAAGAAUAAUCAACAAGUAGAACAAGCUAAAAUCUACAAAGAAAAGGGAACAAAUUAUUUCAAGGCAAAUAAGUAUAACUUGGCAAUUAAAAUGUACAAGAAAAUUACCUCAUUUUUAGAAUAUGAAGGUAGCUUUGAAGGGGAUCUGAAAACACAAAGAAAUGAUCUUAUGUUAUCAGCGCACUUAAAUUUGGCAUUAUGUUACUUAAAAAUGGAUCAAAAUGUUGAAGCAAAGGAUUCGUGUAACGAAGCUUUGAAACUAAGUCCACAAAAUGAAAAAGCUUUAUUCAGAAGAGGACAAGCAUAUCUUGCACUAGCAUCACCUGAAAUUGCAAUUAAAGAUUUUCAGGAAGUUUUAAAAGUAGAACCAAAAAAUACAGCAGCUGUGAAACAAAUCGGAAUUUGCAAUAAUUUUAUUAAAAAACAAUUAGCAAAAGAGAAAAAACUAUAUGCAAAUAUGUUUGAUAAAUUUGCCCAAGAGGAUAAGCAGAAGGAAGAGGAAAAGCUGCGGGAUCAACCAGAUGUGAUGUGUGGGGCCUUGGGUGAAUGGGGACAGGAAGAGCGACCAGGAGGUAGAGAUGCAACCGCCUUUGAAAAGGAGAAUCCUAAUAUACUUAUGCUCAAUGCUAAUGGUACUGACGAAUUUCAAAAUAUGUAAAAUAUUGACUAUUUCUAUACCCCAUUUCUUACACUGCCCCAGUUUUGACUGCCAACAAAAUGAAAUUCUGUUAACUAUUGGUUUGUAAUGCGUUUCAAAUAGCACUACUUCAAUAGCAUCAUAUAAAAAUGCA